CGGCCUCACGAAUCGCCUGGUCGGGUGGACUUGGACUGCACUCUGACUUUCCCUCCUUCGAUUUUCCUUCUCGGCCUCGCCCAUUCCUUCACUUCUUCUUUCUUCUUCUCUCAUUGUCUCUCUCUUACACCAAGCCACCCGUCCUUCAAUCCCUUGUCGACGCCUCUCUCAAUCGCCUCUCUCUCAUACCAACCACACACGCACGGUCCCCAUUGUUGCUAUCGAGGUUCGCCCACCAUUCCGAAUUUCCGAGGCGCGUUUUGGAGGUCACUUCAAUCUGUCGCCUCUCAUUUCUGUCCACGCCCACCUCCAUUAUUAGCCGUUCAGACUCGACCACCCGUUUUCGCUAGGCCUCUGCGCUCUGUCUCUUUCACGCGCAUCAUGGACUCUUCCGACGAUGAUAUGCCCCUCGCGGGCUCAAGAAGGACAAAUGGCACAAACGGAGUUGCACCUCUGUCUUCCUCCAAAAUCCCAUCCUCACUCGACGCUGCAAUGGAUCGACAGAUCCCUACCAAUGGCGAAGUGGUGCCCGGCAUUUCGAUGGCAAAUGGUGAGGUGAAGAUUGAAGAGUUAUCACCACCUGGCCACAAGGACAGCCUCACGAACGGUGUCGCUGCUGCAAAGCGUAAGGCCCGGGAGAGCCUCACGCGACCAUCUUAUGCCGAGCCAGAAAGCAGCGACGACGACCUACCACUGGUAUGCGACCCCCUCAGUUUCCGAAUCUGCCUCUUGAGAAUCCAUCAUGGCUGAUGUGGAUGCAGAGCAAAAAGAGAAAGACUUUAGCUGCCGUCGAAUCCGAUUCUGACGAUGCCCCUCUCGUCUCCAGAGCCCAGGCAAACGGCAAGGUUAUGCAGAAGCCACCCCGAGUCUCAGCUCAUCAAAUUGGUGAAGAAUCAGACUCAGACGUGCCUCUCGGCCAGAAGCUUGCCAAGCAAAAGCAGAAAAUUGAGAAAGCAGCGGAGAAGGAAGCAAAGCAGAUCCGAAGAGACGAGAAGGAGGCUGGAAAGGCUCCCAAAAAGGCCGUCCCGGCAAAGAGAGUAAAAAAGGAGGAAUCCAGUGACGACGACAAGCCUCUAUCGAAGCGGGCACCCGCAGCUACUACUAAGAAAAACAAAGUCGAGCCGUCCAAACCCGCGAAAAAAGUCAAGGCCGAAGCCCCCUCGCCCGCGAAGAAGUCCAAGGCAGUCAAAAAGGAAGAGAGCGCCGAUCCUGAAGAUGAAGAGGACGAAGAGGACGAAGUUAAAUGGUGGGAGGAUCCAACCAAGGGUGAUGGAACAAACAAGUGGGAAACUUUGCAGCACAAUGGCGUUGUCUUCCCACCUCCUUACCAGCCACUUCCCAAACAUGUUAAGAUGAAAUACGACGGCGAACCCAUGACCCUCCACCCCGAUGCAGAGGAAGUGGCCGGUUUCUUCGGCAGUAUGCUCAACUCGACGCACAACGUGGAGAAUCCAACAUUCCAGAAAAACUUUUUCGGCGACUUCAAGGAUAUUCUGAAGAAGACUGGCGGCGCGAAGAACAGAAAUGGGGAGAAGGUGGAGAUCAAAGAAUUUGCCAAGUGCGACUUCAGACCCAUCUUCGAUCACUACGAAGCUGAAAGGGCAGCGAAAAAGGCUCUGUCGAAAGAGGAGAAGAAAGCUAUCAAAGCAGCAAAAGACGAAGCCGAGGCUCCCUACAUGUACUGCGUCUGGGACGGCAAGAAACAAAAGGUUGGCAACUUCCGAGUUGAACCUCCUGGUCUUUUCCGUGGCCGCGGUGAUCAUCCCAAAACCGGCAAAGUCAAGACGAGAGUCAUGCCUGAGCAGAUCACGAUUAACAUCGGCAAGGAGGCAACCGUUCCUACUCCGCCAGAGGGUCAUAGCUGGAAAGAAAUCAAACACGACAAGCAAGGGACAUGGCUGGCCAUGUGGCAGGAGAAUAUCAACGGCAAUUACAAGUAUGUCAUGCUGGCUGCAAACUCUGACGUGAAAGGCCAGAGCGACUACAAGAAGUUCGAGAAGGCUCGUGAACUCAAGAAGCACAUUGAUCGGAUUCGCAAAGACUACCGAAAGGAGCUUAAGUCAGAACUGAUGGCAGAUCGACAAAAGGCAACCGCCAUGUACCUCAUCGAUCAAUUCGCCCUUCGUGCUGGUAAUGAGAAAGGAGACGACGAGGCUGAAACGGUCGGCUGUUGUUCUUUGAAAUAUGAGCACAUCACUUUGCGAGCUCCUAAUACGGUCAUCUUCGACUUCCUGGGGAAAGACAGCAUCCGCUUCCAUGAAGAGUUCGAGGUGGACGCGCAAGUAUUCAAGAAUCUCAAGAUUUUCAAGAAACCACCGAAGAGUGAGGGAGACGACAUAUUUGACAGACUGACCACGACUCAACUCAACAACCACCUGAAGAACUACAUGCCUGGCUUGACUGCCAAAGUCUUCCGUACCUACAACGCGUCUUUUACAAUGGCCAAGCUACUUUCCGAGAUGAGAUCUGAAGGUACAAUAGCCGAGAAGAUCAAGGAUUACAACGACGCGAAUCGAAAAGUUGCAAUUCUCUGCAACCAUAAGCGAACCGUCGCAGCCGGACAUGCCGGUCAGAUGGAGAAAUUGGGCGAUCGAAUCAAAGGUCUCAAGUACCAGCAAUGGCGCGUCAAACAGAUGAUGCUCGACGUUGAUCCAAAGAUCAAGAAGAAGAAGGGUGCAGAGUACUUUGAGCUGCCAGACGACCUGGAUGAGGCGUGGAUCCAGGAACAUCAAGCUUUCUUGGUCGAAGAGCAGAAGAUCAAGAUCACCAAGAAAUUCGAAAAGGACAACGAGAAGCUCAAAGCGGAAGGUGAGAAAGAGAUGAAGCCGAAGGAGCUCGAGGAACGUCUGAAGGCGGUCAAGGAGCUAGAGAAAAGAUUCCAGAAGGAGAACAAGACCAAGAAGGUUGAGGCUGAGGGAAAGUCUCCGACAGUCGAGAAGCUGGAAGAGCACGUCAAGAAGUUUGACGCGAGGAUUGCUACCAUGUCCGUACAGGCCGAAGACAAAGAGAAUAAUAAAGAGGUGGCAUUGGGAACUUCGAAGAUCAACUACAUCGACCCGCGGUUGACUGUGGUCUUCAGCAAGAAAUUCAGCGUGCCCAUCGAGAAGUUCUUCUCAAAGACCCUGCGUGAGAAGUUCGAAUGGGCUAUCAGGUCUGUCGAAGAGGACUGGGUCUUCUAGGUCUCGCCUAUUUGACUGGGCCGCGCGGGCUUUGGCAACAGUUGGAGCGGCCUCAGUCAUGACAAAACGUUCGAAUUUCCAUCGCGGUGACCUACUAUAAGCUACCGGCGCCCAGCCUUGUUAACAACUACAAAUGCCAAAUCCCAAGAGUAUCAUAUGAGACACAUACGCAUUGCUACGAAUUCCAUCCACUUGACUGUCGCCUCGCAGAGCUAUCGCAUGAGACGCAACGCAUCAUGAUAAGAGCAGGUUUCCGAGAGGGCGAUUCACUCAGCAAGUGGCGUUGUGAGGGCUGGGGUGAAUGGGUUUUUUGAACUGCACACAGUACAUAGCUGGGGGAGGAUGGCUGUCUUUUACGCUACCGGCGAACUUUUGGGAUGCUUUCGCAUCUGGUUUGCAUCAUCCUGGGAGAACAGGAACGGGGGAGUGAGAGCUUGCGAAUUCAACCUUCCUUCUUUCCUGCUACUCGCAACGACUGAGUUCAUUCAUCAGCAUGGCGCGGCAUCGUUUACCACCAGACAGACAGACAGACAGACAGACAGA